AGAGGGGAAAGAAAGAAAGAAAAGAAACCCACCCAUCCACAAAAAAGAAAAAAAAAAAAGAAAGAAAAAAAGAAAAAAAAAUCCUGUGGCGCGCCGCCUGGUUCCCGGGAAGACGCCAGCACCAGGGGGUGGGGGAGUGCGAGCUGAAAGCUUCUGGAGAGUGAGCAGCCCUAGCAGGGAUGGACAUGAUGCUGUUGGUGCAGGGUGCUUGUUGCUCGAACCAGUGGCUGGCGGCGGUGCUCCUCAGCCUGUGCUGCCUCCUGCCCUCCUGCCUCCCGGCUGGACAGAGUGUGGACUUUCCCUGGGCGGCCGUGGACAACAUGAUGGUCAGAAAAGGGGACACGGCGGUGCUUAGGUGUUAUUUGGAAGAUGGAGCUUCAAAGGGUGCCUGGCUGAACCGGUCAAGUAUUAUUUUUGCGGGAGGUGAUAAGUGGUCCGUGGAUCCUCGAGUUUCAAUUUCAACAUUGAAUAAAAGGGACUACAGCCUCCAGAUACAAAAUGUGGAUGUGACAGAUGAUGGCCCAUACACGUGCUCUGUUCAGACUCAACAUACGCCGAGAACAAUGCAGGUGCAUCUAACUGUGCAAGUUCCUCCGAAGAUAUAUGACAUCUCAAGUGAUAUGACCAUCAAUGAAGGAACCAAUGUCACCCUAAUUUGUUUGGCCACUGGGAAACCAGAGCCUACCAUUUCUUGGCGGCACAUCUCCCCGUCAGCCAAACCAUUUGAAAACGGACAGUAUUUGGACAUUUAUGGAAUCACCAGGGACCAGGCUGGAGAAUAUGAAUGUAGUGCAGAAAACGAUGUGUCAUUCCCGGAUGUGAAGAAAGUAAAAAUUGUCGUAAACUUUGCUCCUACCAUCCAGGAAAUUAAAUCCGGUACCGUGGCCCCUGGACGCAGUGGAUUGAUAAGAUGCGAAGGUGCAGGUGUGCCGCCUCCAGCCUUCGAAUGGUACAAAGGAGAAAAGAAGCUCUUCAAUGGCCAACAAGGAAUUAUCAUUCAAAAUUUUAGCACAAGAUCUAUUCUCACCGUUACCAAUGUGACACAGGAGCACUUCGGGAACUAUACUUGUGUGGCUGCCAACAAGCUAGGCACAACCAAUGCGAGCCUGCCUCUCAACCCUCCAAGUACAGCCCAGUAUGGAAUUACCGGGAGCGCCGACGUUCUUUUCUCCUGCUGGUACCUUGUGUUGACACUGUCCUCUUUCACCAGCAUAUUCCACCUGAAGAAUGCCAUUCUACAAUAAGUUUAAAGACCCAUAAAAGGCUCUUAAGAAUCCUCUGAAAGUGCUGAUGGCUGGAUCCAAUCGGGUACAGUUUGUUAAAAGCAGCGUGGGAUAUAAUCAGCAGCGCUUGCAAGGGGAUGAUCGCCUUCUGUAGAAUGCUCAUUAUGUAAAUACUUCAAUUCUAUCCUUUUUUUUGACUAGCUACAUUACCUUGUGAAGCAGUGCACACUGUCCUUUUUUUAAGAUGUGAAGGCUCUGAAAUUACUUUUAGAGGAUAUUAAUUGUGAUUUCAUGUUUGUAACCUACAACUUUUCAAAAGCAUUCAGUCAUGGUCUGCUAGGUUGCAGGCUGUAGUUUACAAAAACGAAUAUUGCAGUGAAUAUGUGAUUCUUUAAGGCUGCAAUACAAGCAUUCAUUUCCCUGUUUCAAUAAGAAUCAGUCCGCAUUUACAAAGAUGCAUUUUUUUUCUCUUUUGAUAAAAAAAAAAAGCAAAUAGUAUUGCCUUCAGAUCAUUU